AUGAACGACCAGACUGCAAAUCCGAUCACGAAUGAGAGAUUCCCGAUAUCGAGCGCUCCUCCUUCACAUCCUUCGCACCAGCAACAGCAGGGCCUUCCGCCUCCCAUUCCGCUUCCGCAGGCUUUUGUGGGAAUGGGGGGAGGAGGGCAGCCUUUCCCGGGUCCUGGUACGGGGCCACAACAGCCAGCAUAUAAUCCUGAUCCAUUUCCUCCAAUUCCGAAUUUUGCACCCCCGAUACAGCCGCUGAGUACGACUUGGGUGCCCCCAUCGAACAACACUUUAAAUGCGUUGCCGGGUGGGACGGGGACGGGGCCGACGGCAAGUGGAGGAGGAGGGAGGUUUGGAGAUGUAGGGCCGUUGAGAGUCGGGCAGGUCCAGGGAAACUAUGGGUAUGGAGAGUUGGAGGGACAGUCGACGUAUGGGCAGGCGAACUUAGCAGUAUCGAGCGGGACGUUUGGAGGUCACGGGAUGAUGAGUGGGACGGGGCUCCUACCAAACCCAUAUGAUCUCCCAACACCCAAAGCAGAAAUGCCAGGAUCAAGCUACGGCUUCAACCCCCCGCAGAGCCUCCAGGCACCCAUGAACCCUCCUCCUCUUAGCACAACUGGCCCACCCAACCCUUUCCAGACUCAACCACCGUUACACACAUAUGCACAGAAUCACGGUCACCAGCACCACCAUGGCCAUCGACCCCAUCCAGGCCCAAUCCAGCUUCCACCACCGAUGCCAUUGCAGCUAUCGCCAUACCCACUCCCUCCCACGGGUGUCACUACCGCCUCCACGAAUAACGGUGGUAGUGCUGCUGUGGCACAAGUCGGACAAGCAUUCAACCAACUGGGACCCGGGAGCAGGGAAGGAACAUCGACGGCGACAGGGAGUAGGGAGUAUUCUCGGAGCGUGACGUCAACGCCCUCGCCUCCUCCAAUGACGAGUGCGCCUAGAGGUGUCGGCGUCGGCGAGGGAAGAGAGAUCUAUGCCGCUGGUAUGCACAGCGGAUACGGCCACUCCCGCUCAACCUCCGGCUCCCUCUCCUUAACCUCCGCCGCAUCCCCCGACUACCCUCCAAUCCCCCUCUCCCACACCUCUUCCCACUCCCACUCGCAUUCCGGCUCACAGACUCGAACACCCUCUCUCCAAAAACACCCGUCGAACACGAAGAGGGCUGCGCAGAAUAGGGCGGCGCAAAAGGCGUUCAGAGUUAGGAGAGAGAAAUAUGUUAGGGAUUUGGAGAGUAAGGCGUCGGAGUUUGAGGUGCUGAAGGAAAGGGUGAGGGAGUUGGAGGAGGAGAAUAGGAGGUUGAGGGGGGAGAGGAGCUAA